UAAAUUUCCAUAGAUGAUGUGAUUACUUACUCUAUUCGUAUAUCUCUUCAGAUUUCUAUAAGAAAUUUUAAAUUUUAAUAAAUUAUAAAAUUUAUUAUUUGUAUUUAUUUAGUGAUUAAAAGUUUUCAUCUAUUACAAUAUUCAUAACUAUGUCAAACAUAUCGAAAAGAAGAAAAGAGGGGUCUAGAACUAAAAUAAAGAGCAUGGGUGAUCAUAAGGAGUUCCUGAAGCGCAUUACCAAGACCCUGUACUAUGGGCAGUUACCGUCAUUGCCCUGCUUGAGUCUCCCAGUUACUGAGAUCUCAUGCGAGCUGUGGUCGGUGUCGCAGCGCGGGCGCUCGCUGCGGCGGCUGCACGCGGACGCGGCCGCGGGUAUCGCUCGCAGCGCCUGCGUCUCGCCCUGCGCCCUCGUGCUGGCUAUACUCUACCUCGAACGCCUCAACACUUGCAACCCUGAAUACCUUACAAGUGCCGCACCCGCUGAAUUGUUUCUUGUCUCAUUGAUGGUUGGCAACAAGUUCUUGCAAGAUGAUGGGGAAGAUGAUGAGGUGAUAUGUUCCGAGUGGGCCGCCUCCGGGGGCAUUGACCUUAAACACUUAAAAAAGUUAGAAGUGGAUUUUCUCAAUGCUAUAGAUUGGAAUGUAUACGUCAGUGAAAAAUCCUUUGAAACGGGUUUACUGUGGCUCGAGAGGCAAGUGGCUUUGAAGCAAGCGCAGCUGCGCGGGUUCUUCACGUACACAGACUUGAGUGCGACGUGCGAGCUGGCGGCGGUGAGCGAGCUGCUACGGGCGGCAGCCGCCUGCGUCGCACUCUCGCUCGCCUACCUGGCCAGCCUCGCCACCUGCCUCGCCUCCGCCCUCGUCGUCUCCCGCGCCUGGCUACCCAUGCUCCAGUACCUGGCCUCCAAGAAUUUGGCCACGUCCGCUGUCAACACAAACAUUAUCACGUCACAUGGCUUCCAACAUGAAAUUUUGAAUCACGUCGGAAAUUCUACUAUGGACAUAUCAGAAGUGGAGAACCUAAUAGCAGAAGAAGUCAUAGCGGCGAGCACACUUAAAUGCUGCUCAAGCUGGACCAAGUACCAUGAGAAAGUCUAUAUCAAAAAGAAUUGGUAUGAUGGUUUCGUUGCAUACGAUUGGAAAUCGUUCGAGCCAUGGUGGUCGAGGACGUCCGUGUUGAACUGGUUGUAUCAGAGCUCACUAGUAAACCCAAUGCAGCGUUGGUUAGAGAAAAUGAAUGAGUAUGCCGACAUGUUGAAACCGAAGCUGAUCGAUGUGGAUUUGACGAGACAGGCGGGACGCUGCAACAGGUAUAAGCUUGACGCUCGGCAGCAGUGUCUCAGGCAAUGGCUGAACUUCAGCAAGCUGAGUGCGCUCGUCGUAUCCGUCUCUGAUCGAUAACAGAUUGUGGGCUGCAAUAUUUUAUAUAUAAUACUACAAUAAUAAAUUAUUUAUUACUAUAUGAUGUUCGUUAGAGGGUGAAAAUGAGUGAGUGUUGAAUGGAGAAAUAAGGUGGAAAUUGCUGACGAGGAUAAAACACAAUAAGUAUUAUGUAUUCAACAACUUACGAUGCGGCCGCCGCGAUAAUGGUACAGUUCAAAUAUGAGCUAUUUUUAUAUAUUAAUAACCUAAACCUAUUGGCCGUGUGGUCCAGGAAUAGAAUAGGCCACCCCUUCCUUUUUGCGUGGAUGAUAUAAAAGCCGACUAAGGGAGGGCGAGGGAUGGGCAGCAGCGUCCCUCUUAAAACAUCUCGGAAGCCUAACUGCGGUUGCCAAUCCGCCUGCCAAGCGUGGCAACUACUGGCAAAACUCCCCAAGGGAGAGGUGAACCAGUGAACCAACUACUUAUCAUAUAACAGUAUACUCUGUUAUGUCCAUGGUGCUGCUUAUGUCUAUAGACAACGGUUACAACUUUCCAUCAGGUGAGCCGUCAGCUUGCUUGCCGUUCAAAGUUGUAUAAAAAAAAAAACUGUUUACGACAAUAAUAAUAGUCUAUCCAAGUCCACAUAUGAAACAAAAUUUAAAUGAUUCAGCACACGGCGGCGUACGUACCACCCCCCAGUGCGUUCUAACUCUACGCUCACUUCACACCACUAACGAACUGUAUAUACUGCUUUUUACUAAUUUGGAAAAUACAAUUAUUAUAUUGACACGACAUUGUUAAAAUGCUCAAAAUAAAAGCAAUAUGAAUAAAGUGAUAUUAUCACGA